CAUCCAUCGAUCGAUCUUGUCUUGUGCUGGGUGAUACUAGUACGAGUACGUACGUAGUUUGAUGCGAGAUGGGUGUUGUCGAGGGGAUGAUUAUUGCUGCUGCGGCCGCCGGCGACGUCGAGACGGCGUCCGGGUUCUCCAGCGGCAGCGGGUCGCCGGCGUCGUCGAGCCUGACCGACGAAGGUGGCGAGGUGACGUCGUCGUCGUCGAUGACGGCGACGGCGCCUUGGAGUGGGGGUGGUGGUGGCUGUGACUGUUCGUUUUCGUCGUCGGAGUCGGAGGAGGAGGCGAUGGAGCUGGAUGGGGACCGGCACGGCGGCGGAGGCCGCCGCCGCGGGCCGCUCUACGAGCUGGCGGCGCCGCUGCUGGCGCAGCUUCCAAUCAGGACAGGGCUUUCCAGCUACUACCAAGGCAAGUCGCAGUCCUUCACGUCGCUCUGCGACGCCAGGUGCGUCGAGGACCUUGCGAAGAAGACCACACCUUACAUCACCAGGAUGAAGCUGCAGCACAGGUGCCAUGGCGUCGUCGCGGACCGGUCGUCGAAUUCGCGCCACGCUCCGGGGCAUUGUAUCAAGACGAUCGCCAAGAAGACGCCCAGGUGCUCGUCCGAUCGCUUGCAAUCAAGAGCAAGGGGCACAAGCCUCUUCACAUCUGCAGCAGACCACCUGCACACCAGAGCAAGAAAGAGCUGUCAAGAUGCUAGCUGA